AUGCAGUUUAAUAAGACUAAGAUAAUGUUGUUUUCUUGUGCAGGCCAGAGUCUGAAUGUGAGUCUGUUGAGCCCAUACCUAGACUCUUUGGCAGGCUCCAUCUUCUCAAAUGGGGCAAACUUUGCCGUUGCAUCGUCCUCUACCAUCCCGAAGCGUUUCCCUUUUUCUUUGAGUAUUCAAGUCAUGCAGUUCAUCCACUUCAAGGCUACUGUAGGUCCGAAACAUUGGAUAAACGAUGAAGGUUUCCGGAAAGCACUUUACAUGAUCGAUAUCGGACAAAAUGACCUUUCCGAUUGUUUCACUAAAAACCUUUCGUACGUUCAAGUAACAGAGAGAAUUCCUUCGGUUAUUGAAGAAAUCAAGAGCGCAGUUAAGGCUUUAUACGAUCAAGGUGGAAGGAACUUUUGGAUACACAACACCGGGCCGUUGGGUUGUCUCCCUCAAAAACUUUCAUUAGUUGAGAAGAAGGAUUUGGAUCCAUAUGGAUGUCUUUCGAGUUACAAUGCGGCUGCGAGAUCGUUCAAUGAAGCAUUGCUCGAUUUGUGCAACGCGAUGAGUUCUGAAUUGAAGGAUGCUGUGAUAGUUUAUGUAGAUAUAUAUGCCAUCAAGUAUGAUCUCAUUGCCAACUCCACCAAAUACGGUUUCUCUAUGCCGCUAAUGGCAUGCUGUGGCAAUGGAGGUCCUCCGUACAACUUCAAUGCUGGGCGGCUCUGCGGUCGUCCUGGCUCUCAUGUCUGUGAAGAAGGAUCCCGAUUUGUGAGCUGGGAUGGAAUUCAUUACACCGAAGCCGCAAACACCAUCGUGGCCUCAAAGAUACUUUCCACAAAUUAUUCCACACCACGCAUUCCAUUUGAUUUCUUUUGUUGCAGUUAG